CCCAUAUAAAGAGCGGCCCUAAGGGCCGCUUCCGUUCACUCGCUGUUACUCCGCAUACCAGUCGCCUGAUCAGCUGAUGACGCAAUAUACACGACGAACGUUCACGCGUGCGGGAACGAGAAUUGCGUGCAUCUGUUGUGCCCCGUUGUGCAUCGGUGUCGGUGCGCGUCCGCGGUGUGGCCGCGAGCGGCGACGUAAGAGGCGUACGUAGGAGAGCUUCGAGCGAGGUGGUGACCCGUUCCCCGAGUCGGGCGACGUUCCCCGUUCUCCCUCGCGUGCGUGCGUGCGUGCGGUCCCCAUCGUUACGCGUCGCACGCAUCACCGUUUGCGUUGUCGACGCGCAUGGGAAGGGCGUACGGCGUCGCGAGUAGCAGCAGCGCGCGGUUCGCCAAUUCUGUCCUCGCUGAGCGGGGGUGAGCGCGGAAACCAAGAGACCAACGAGUGCGAGAAAGAAAGAGAGAGAGAGAGAGAGAGAGAGAGAGAGAGAGAGGGAGAAAGAAAGAGCGGAAGGGUGGGAGGGAGAGGUAGUGAGUGAGAAAGCGAGAAGGAGAAAGGAAGAGAGGAGAGAGAGACACGAAAGCACACAGAACGAGAGAACGGAUCGGAGCGCGCCAGGAUGAGCGUCGACGCGUACGGGCCUAGCAGCCAGACCCUCACGUUCCUCGACACCGAGGAGACCGAUCUGAUCGGCGCGGACACGCAGGGCAGCGAGUUCGACUUCACCGACUUCACCCUGCCGUCGCCGAGUCAAACCCAGGCAUCGCAGCACGACGCGACCCAGACACAGUCCAGUCAACCCAUUCAGGUUAAUGGGACGAACGGUAGCUCAUCGUUGGAAUUGAAGAUUUCUGGAGCUGCUCAGAGCCUCGCCGAGUUACAGUUCGAGGAAGAGGAAGAAGAGGCGUAUUACAAUCGCGAUUUACCUGAUCAUGCGUGUAAAUACUGCGGUAUCCAUGAGGCGUCCUGCGUGGUCAUGUGCAACGUCUGCCGGAAGUGGUUCUGCAACGGACGCGGCAAUACGUCGGGAUCGCAUAUUAUCAAUCAUCUUGUCCGUGCUAAACACAAGGAAGUCACUUUACACAGAGAUGGUCCUCUUGGAGAAACUGUUUUGGAAUGUUAUUCCUGUGCUACAAGAAACGUUUUUGUAUUGGGUUUUAUUCCUGCUAAAGCUGAUUCCGUAGUUGUACUGCUCUGCCGCCAACCAUGUGCGGCACAGAGUUCUUUGAAGGAUAUGAAUUGGGAUCAAGAACAAUGGAAGCCACUGAUCGAAGAUCGCAGUUUUUUGUCGUGGUUAGUGAAGUUUCCAUCCGAACAAGAACAGUUGAGAGCCAGGCAGAUCUCUGCGCAACAGAUUAAUAAAUUAGAGGAGUUAUGGCGGGACAAUGUCGAUGCCACUUUUCAAGAUCUAGAAAAACCUGGAGUGGACGAGGAACCGCAGCAGGUUCUACUACGCUAUGAGGAUGGAUAUCAGUAUCAAAAUAUCUUUGGUCCGCUCGUGAAAUUGGAAGCCGAUUAUGAUAAACGCCUGAAAGAAUCUCAGACUCAAGAGAAUAUUGAGGUGCGAUGGGACGUUGGAUUGAAUAAGAAGACUAUUGCGUAUUUUAUGCUGGCCAAAACAGAUGGAGAUAUGAAAUUGAUGCAUGGAGAUGAAUUGAGGCUCCGUUAUCUUGGAGAACUUCAUAAGCCUUGGUCUGGAAUUGGACACGUGAUUAAGAUUCCUGAUAAUUAUGGAGAGGAAGUUGGAAUUGAGCUGAAGAAUAAUUCUGGAGCACCAACGGAAUGCAUUAGCAAUUUUGUCGUUGACUUUAUUUGGAAGAGCACAAGUUUUGAUCGAAUGCAAUCCGCAUUACGUAAGUUUGCUGUGGACGACUCAUCUGUGUCGGGUUACAUAUAUCAUAGACUAUUGGGACAUGAAGUAGAAGAGGUUCUGUUUCGUUGUCAUCUCCCUAAACAUUUUAGCGCACCGAAUCUACCUGACUUGAACAGAUCACAGGUGUACGCUGUGAAACACGCGAUACAACGACCUUUAUCUCUAAUCCAAGGACCACCUGGAACAGGUAAAACCGUGACAAGCGCGACUAUAGUUUAUCAGCUGGUGAAACAGAACGGUGGUCCGGUUCUCGUAUGCGCUCCUUCAAACACUGCUGUCGAUCAAUUGACCGAGAAGAUACAUAAAUCAAAUUUGAAAGUUGUACGAUUGUGUGCCAAAUCGCGAGAGGCCAUCGAUUCGCCGGUGAGUUUUCUUGCACUACAUAAUCAAAUAAAGAAUAUGGAAACGAACACAGAGUUGCAGAAGUUGCAACAGCUGAAAGAUGAAACAGGCGAAUUGUCAAGCGUCGACGAGAAACGCUAUAGACUCUUGAAAAAAGCCGCGGAAAAGGAGCUUCUCGAAGCAGCUGAUGUAAUUUGUUGCACUUGCGUCGGCGCCGGUGAUCCGAGGCUGCACCGAUUGAAGUUCCAUUCUAUACUUAUCGACGAGAGCAUGCAGGCUACUGAGCCAGAAUGCAUGGUACCGGUUGUUCUAGGAGCGAAGCAAUUGAUCCUCGUCGGAGAUCACUGCCAAUUAGGUCCGGUGGUGAUGUGCAAGAAAGCCGCUAGAGCCGGCUUAUCCCAAUCUCUGUUCGAGAGACUGGUAGUGCUAGGAAUUCGACCAUUCCGUUUGGAAGUACAAUAUCGCAUGCAUCCUGAUCUCUCACGAUUUCCAUCAAAUUUCUUCUACGAAGGUUCUCUACAGAAUGGCGUUUGCGCUGAUGAGAGAAAAUUAUUGAAAAUUGAUUUUCCCUGGCCUGCACCCGACAAACCGAUGUUUUUCUACGUUACGCAAGGUCAAGAGGAGAUAGCUGGAAGUGGAACAUCUUAUUUGAAUCGUACCGAGGCAUCUAACGUGGAAAAGAUAACUACUCGAUUCUUACGCUGUGGCGUGAAACCGGAGCAGAUUGGAGUGAUAACCCCGUACGAAGGUCAACGAGCUUAUCUUGUGCAGUAUAUGCAAUACCAAGGUUCUCUUCACUCGAAAUUGUAUCAGGAAAUCGAAGUGGCGAGCGUGGACGCUUUUCAGGGACGAGAGAAGGACAUAAUAAUAAUGUCCUGCGUACGAUCUAAUGAACAUCAAGGCAUUGGAUUCUUGAAUGAUCCAAGGAGAUUAAAUGUGGCGUUGACUCGUGCAAAAUAUGGUAUUAUCAUCGUAGGAAAUCCUAAGGUGCUCUCGAAACAGCCGCUCUGGAACCACCUGCUUAGCUUUUACAAGGAGCAAAAGGUGUUAGUUGAAGGACCAUUGAACAAUCUGAAGGAGUCCAUGAUUCAAUUCGCUAAGCCAAAGAAACUCGUGAACGCGGCCAACCCGGGCUCGCACUUUAUGUCCACGUCGAUGUACGAUGCGCGCGAGGCCUUGAUCCCCGGAUCGGUGUAUGAUCGUUCUGGCGCGCAAGUAAACGGCACGCAGAAUCAUAAUCCUUACUACCAAAGAAACGUACCGCUCGACAUUUUCAGUCGUACCCACGACACCAUCAGCUACAUCAGUCCGGAGCGGGCGCAGGCGGCGAUGAACAACAUGCCCGUGCCGGUUGGCAUGUUUAUGAAUAUGGCGCACGUGCCGCCGCGUUUCUAUAAUCAGCAUCAGCAAGCCCUACAGGCACGCCAAAAUCAGAGAAAUCGACGUGGCGCCACUGCUUCCGCGAGGAACAAGUCAGGCCCGCGUAUGGGCAAGCUGAGUCAGACCGAGCAGAAUACGCAGCCGUACAGUCAACCAGGUCUGCCAUUGACGCAGGGUACAACCCAGGGGAUGUCCCAGCCUGGUUUUAGUCUCUCGCAGCCUGGCCUCAGUCAGGCGGAACUCUCUCAGGACUCGUUUGCGGUCGGCGAUUUCCAGUCGCAGAUGGACGGCCUGUUAUCACAGGACUCGACUUACCAGGGUGACCGAAGUGGUUUCUAUCAGUCGGGCCAGUCGCAAGCCGGAGGACAGUUCUCGCAGCCCUACUGAGCCGAGACCUACCUACGGCUGAGCAACGUAAUUGCCAUGCCAUGAAGGCUCGUUCGACCAAUUCUUCUUCGACCAACAACCACAAAUCACUAACUGCGCAAAACGGUACGACGGCUCGACGAUCGAGUUACGAUAUUAUGCAGCAUACGCUCAUGUUGUCGACGUGAGGUAAAGGGGAAUGGAAAGGAGAACGAAGGUUCCAUAAGCUAAUACGCCGUUGGACGAUUCCACCGUGGACGCGGAAACAAGGCUUAUCUACUACCGAUUGCAACUGAGGGUAGAGAGGGACAUUAAGCAGGCUGGAGGACGACGAACGACUACUGUCAAUCACCGUGACACGCGCUUACUCUGAAUGGACUGUUUUAUCGCGGGAAGCGAGUAACUAAACAAAACAAAAAAAAAAGAAAUACAAAAUAAUAUAAAAAAAGGGAACAUAAAAUGGAAACGUGGCUUCACGAUUCGACCAAAUUUGACGAGUGUGACCAUUGCGAUGAUCAUUGCGAUGACUCUACACACAUACACAGAGAGAGAGAGAGAAAGAGAGAGAAGGUGAUAGAUCUUUGAGUGAUCUAUAAGCUACGAAAAAUCGGAUUGCGAUAGCACUAAGAUGCCACAUGUUUCUUUCAUUCCGUUACGGAUUCAACGUUGAAUGGAAAAAGCACAGGAGAAAAUUAAGGAUGGGUAUAAACCGUUCGAAUUUCUUAUCGUACUGUUAUCUCGAGCGCUGAGAGGAAGAUUUGUUACCUCAAAUGCGUGGGCGCACGUCACAUACAUAAAGACACAUUGAGAGUCGAUAUCGAUUUCUCCGGCGGAAUUUUGUCGAGUCGCCAAUGUUGCAUCAUCGUCAGACAGUAUGAAGCCAACACGUUUCAACAUCAUCACGGAGAUGGGACAUCCUUUCUCAGAGGACUGGCACUUUCGCCGGUCGUGAGAAAUUCAUCGGUGGUUCUGAUCAUGUUUAUUAGUUUUUUUCCUUAUUUUAUAUCUAUUGCUUAUUUUACCGCAGGGGUUAACGGAGUGCACGAUUGGAAGAAUUGCUUUCUUUCCGUAUCCUUAGCGGAUUGGGCUAGCGGUCAAUGUAUGACUGAGAAAACAGUAUAGACGCACUGCUUACCAAAAUAUAUUCGUUCUUUCUUUCGCGUAUCGUGUUUAACAUAUCGUUCUUUAACCUUUUCGCAGCGACAAAUGAUAAUAUGUACGGUGAGACAAGAUGCUACUCUAUUUUAAGAGUACAGGUCUUCCAACAUUUCAAAAUUGACAUAAUUUCAUUGCAUCUGAUAUUCCAAUAUAUUAUAUACAAUUAUAUUGUAUACUCAUAAAUCGACAAGUAAGAAAUUACUGAAAUUUGUUUAUGGAUUUGACGAGCCAUUAAGCUGUCUUUAUCUGCAUGGAAAGAAGAUUUCCAGUGAGUCGGGACGGUGGCUUCUCAUAGCGAAAGGGUUAAAGCAAGAAUGAUAAUUGAUAAAUUUAGGGAAAGGUCUUGAUUUGUGGCACACGUGUCACCCCUGAUGAAUAUUUUAUUGAAAAUCCCUCAACUGAUCCAAUUCAUUGAAAUUCAUUAAAUUUAUUAAAGUCUAUUAAAAUUGAUUAAAACUCAUUUAAUUCAUUAAAAUUCACUAAAUUUAUUUUAUUGUUAUUUAGCGGAAAAAUAAAUUUAAUGAAUUUUAAUGAAUCUUAAAGAACCUUAAUAAAUUUUAAUGAAUUUUAAUGAAAAGAGUCAAUUGAGAGAUUUUCAGUAAUAUAUUUCCAUCGGGAAUAUUGCAAAAGUACCUACGUGACUACAUUAUUAUGUGUUUCAGACAUUAUCAUUAUCCGUAAUAGUACAAGUAACUCGUCAGUCGGAAAAUAUUUUAUUUGCGUGUCUAGACGGGAAAUAUUCUAUACAAUUUUAUUCGGAUCAUCUUUUUGUUGCUUCCGAAAAUCCCUGAUUCUAAUUCUAUAUCUGUCUGUACUGGCUUCUGGCGGUAAUAAAAAUUUAUUAUAUUGCAAUAGAUUAAGUAAUAAUUAAUAUAACCUGCAUUAUACAACACAAAAUUGUUUUAUUUCUUUUGUCCGACCAACAGCGCACCGCUAAUAGCAGAUUAUAAUAUUGAAAUUUAUUGUGAAAUCUUAUGGAAAAAAUAAAUUUGGUUUGAAAAUAA